GGGGGUGGGGCGUGGUCAUGACAAGACCGGGCGUCUGACCCGAGGUAUAGGUGUGACUGUGACCGGGUCAGCGCCUGGCAGAGCACCAAGAAGGACCGGCUGCCUCAGGAGGCACAGAGGUCAUGGCUAAGGACUGUGGUCUUUGGAGUUGGCCUUGCUCUGAUCACAUUCCUGUUCUGGAGUAGUCUGGGGAUGGAUGAUGAUGUUGCUGAAGUCUUGGCCCAUCAUGGUGAGGUCCUGGAAGGCAGGUUCAUUGAGGUUCCCUGCUCUGAGGACUAUGAUGGUCACCGGAGAUUUGAAGGCUGUACUCCCAGGAAGUGUGGCAGAGGUGUCACUGACAUGGUGAUUACCAGGGAGGAGGCGGAGCAGAUUCGCAGAAUAGCAGAGAAGGGACUCUCUCUAGGCGGAUCAGAUGGAGGGGCAUCUAUACUGGACUUGCACUCUGGGGCCCUGUCUGUUGGGAAGCAUUUUGUGAACCUGUACAGAUACUUUGGGGAUAAAGUACAAAAUAUCUUCUCUGAGGAGGACUUCCAGUUAUAUAGGGAUGUGCGGCAGAAGGUCCAGCUCACCAUUGCUGAAGCCUUUGGCAUCAGCUCAUCCUUGUUGUAUCUGACAAAGCCCACAUUCUUCUCCCGAAUAAAUAGCACAGAAGCCCAGACAGCUCAUGAUGAGUAUUGGCAUGCACAUGUGGACAAGGUGACCUACGGCUCUUUUGACUACACUUCACUGCUUUACCUCUCGGAUUACUUAGAGGACUUCGGUGGAGGGCGCUUUGUGUUCAUGGAGGAAGGGUCCAACAAGACAGUGGAGCCCAGAGCUGGUAGGACACAGCCUGGUCGAGUCUCAUUCUUUACCUCAGGCUCUGAGAACCUGCACCGGGUGGAGAAGGUCCUCUGGGGCACCCGCUAUGCCCUCACCAUUGCUUUUACCUGCAACCCUGACCAUGGCAUCAAGGAUCCAGUACUCACGUAACGAGCUAGGUUGUGUCCUGAGGACCAUGUCUGGAAGCCUGUGGGUGGCACCCUAGUGUUGGGACACAGCCCUGUCGAUGAAGACACGCCCAGGCCAGGCUGAACGUGUGCUCACACACACUCCCCCAUUUCAGCCCAUCGCUGCACAGAGUGCCUUAUGAAUUAGCCUGAAUUUUGAUUUGCUGGUGUUUUAAUAUUUUCAUCUGUGAGUAAAUCAAGGAAGGAGCCUUUCACCUGAUAGCUCUGAGUGUGUGGGAUGCCCGCCAUGGCUGGCAGGCCUCAUUCCUCAGGAGGGAUCCCCAUGUAGGGAAGAAACACCCAUGUGUUAUUGGAGCUAGACAUCUUGCCCCAGCCCACAUAGCCCACUGAAGGUAUUCAGUUCUAGAAUAGACCAGGCAAAAAGGAGGGGACAUAGGAACGGAAAUGGUGGCACUUUGGAGAAGGCUCCAGUAGUUGGUGUCUCUGGGAACCUGAGAAAUUUCAUGGGUGAAGGAUAAAUCUGUGCAUUUAAGGAGGAGAUGGACAUUGUGUGACUGGGUGACUAAGUCUAUACCUGAGAACAAGUCCAAGUAUGUCCCUGCCAAGGAGGGUCUCAUCAUCCCUGUGCCCAGCAUGAGGCACAGUGUGUUUGUCUCCUCAUUCUGGUGCCAUCUCUUUUCCCAUCAGCAACAGUCAGAAGAACUAGGAAUAAACGUGCCAUGGGGAGGCCUGGGCCCCAGGGGCAACUCCAGCUUGAUCAAUCCAGGUCAAGCAUGGGCCACAGUUGCUCCCUGAAGCCACAUCCCCUGACCCCUCCCCCAUGCACACAUGUAAAUAGAGUCCCAAGAAUGUCCCCAAGAAACAGACUCAUCUGGCCAUCUUGAUAUAACAUCCUGGGAAGAGCAGCUGGGACAUCCCUCUUCUGUCCAGGAAGCAUGGCACAUGGCCAUGCACCCCUGAAGUAGGUGGCCCUGGUGUUGAAAUUACCCCCACAGCCCAUAUGCCUCCAGUGGUUGUUCAAGACAGCUUAGGCAUAUCAGGCCUUUGAGCUGACCUGCAGCAUGAUUAAAAAUAAAGGGGCGGGGGGGGGGGUGCUCCUAGACCCUGGGAAUGAGUAGAUGUGAGGCCAAUGAAGGUAUGAGGAGAUCUCAAAUAGAGGAGCCUGGAUCUGCAUUGUA